CCAUCUGCGUCUCCAUCUGGCGCUGGCCGUCGUGGUGGUGGUGUUGGUGGUGGUUCGCCGCGAAAACCAGUUUGUGGAGCGAUCUCAUUGUGCGCCCGUCUGCGGAGUAGUCGUCGUCAUCGCCCGGACCGGCCGGCCCUCGUUAAUUUAUGCUCGCGCUUCUCUUUAGUUGCUUUGCAAGUCUCGUGCCGUUUGAUCGCUGAGGCGCGCGUAAUUCCAAGAAAAAUCCCGCUUCUCACCACCGCGCUGAGAGUUGCAAAGUACCGUCGGAAUCGGGAGUCGGAAAGUCGGGAGUCGCCCGGCGUAGUGAUGAAGUGGAUCCUUUGGGCCAACUUCUAAGUGAUUUCCCGCAAGGAACGACAGCCUACUGAUUCUAGCCCUUUUCAAUUAUAAGUGUGCAAUGGUAUCGACUCCGAUGCACUAACCUACCGAGAAUACAAAGUUUUUAGCAGUUUUUCUGCGGUGCAGCGACGCUUAGAUUCUAAGUUGCUAUAAGUUCUGUGCACUCGGACCAUGGAUAUGUCCAGCGCCAACUCGUUGCGGCCCCUUUUCGCGGGGUAUCCCUUUCAAGGACAAGGCCGGGUAAAUCAGCUUGGGGGCGUCUUUAUCAAUGGACGUCCGCUGCCCAAUCACAUUCGACUGAAGAUCGUGGAAAUGGCGGCCAGUGGAGUGCGGCCCUGUGUAAUAUCGCGCCAGCUCCGCGUCUCUCACGGCUGCGUAUCGAAGAUCCUGAACCGAUACCAGGAGACGGGCUCUAUCAGACCCGGCGUCAUAGGUGGAUCUAAGCCCAAGGUGACCUCGCCCGAGAUCGAAACGCGGAUCGAUGAGCUGCGAAAGGAAAACCCCAGCAUAUUCAGCUGGGAAAUCCGCGAGAAGCUGAUAAAGGAGGGCUUUGCGGAUCCACCGUCAACAUCGUCGAUCAGCCGCUUAUUGCGGGGAAACGAUCGCGGCAGCGAAGAUGGUCGGAAGGACUAUACCAUAAAUGGAAUUCUUGGAGGCCGAGACUCCGACAUAAGUGACACGGAAUCGGAGCCUGGGAUUCCGCUGAAACGCAAGCAGCGACGCUCCCGCACCACCUUCACCGCCGAGCAGCUGGAGGCUCUCGAGCGAGCCUUUUCCCGCACCCAAUACCCGGACGUCUACACCCGGGAGGAGCUGGCCCAGACCACUGCCCUCACCGAGGCCCGCAUCCAGGUGUGGUUCUCCAACCGCAGGGCACGCCUGCGCAAGCAUUCUGGCGGCUCGAGUUCCGGGCUCUCGCCCAUGAACAGUGGAAGCUCUAAUGUGGGCGUGGGAGUUGGGCUCAGUGGGGCGACGGCGCCCCUUGGCUACGGCCCCCUGGGAGUUGGCUCGAUGGCGGGCUACAGUCCGGCGCCAGGAACCACGGCAACUGGAGCUGGGAUGAACGACGGAGUUCACCACGCCGCACACGCACCCAGCUCCCACCACAGCGCAGCAACGGCUGCUGCAGCGGCACACCAUCACACACAGAUGGGUGGCUACGACUUGGUGCAAAGUGCGGCGCAACACGGAUUUCCCGGAGGCUUCGCUCAGCCGGGACACUUUGGCAGCCAGAACUAUUACCAUCAAGACUACUCCAAGCUGACCAUUGACGACUUCUCCAAGCUCACCGCCGACAGCGUCUCAAAGAUCUCGCCCUCACUGCACCUCAGCGACAACUACUCCAAGCUGGAGGCUCCCUCGAACUGGUCGCAGGCCGCCUACCACGCCGCCGCCAACUACAAUGCCCACGUAGCCCAGCACCAGCUCAACGACUAUGCCGCUGCAGCGGCUCACGGGAACCCGGCCACUGCCUACAGCCACCCCUUGCCGGCGCAGGGUCAGGCCAAGUACUGGUCGUGAUCUGAUGAAUCUGCGACGUCGCGAUCCGACGGAGAAGCAUUCGAUUUUCGCGUUAGUUUUAUGCAUUUCAAUUAUCAGCAGAGGCACAUGUAGAUGUUAGGCAACUAUUUAUACCCCAACGUGAGUACGGGAAACAUCGGCUUGGCUACAACUUAGGAUUACUUCGCUUACUGCAUGUGCAUUACUUUAUAGGCUUUUAUAGGCGCAUUAAGGCUGGCAACGUUUCCAUACGAGCACUAUGAACAUGCAACUAAGCUAACAAUGUAUAUUUAUUUACCUAAGUAUUGAGAUAUUGUUAAAUCUAGUACUUCGGUGCACCCGACAAUUCAACCAAUAAAGUGGUAAUUUUAGGCGUUG